AUGCAACACGUUGUGAGAGGGUCAAUUGGACGGCUCCCAAGAGUAACCCAUCAGUGGGUCAGAUGUAUCACUACGGCAACUGCCUCCACGGCAGCUGCCUCUACGCCCAAAUCGACGACGUCGACGACACGUAAACCGUUGGGCACUCCACUCCACACCGCCCUGUCCAGUAAACUACAUCUGGAUAGUGUGCCUGUUGCGGACCCGACGGACUGGUACCACUCCUGGCAUGGGUUAGGGCAGAAAGCGUUCCCAGAUACUGCACAGGAAGUGCUCUUACAGAAACUGGAGCCACUGGACAUAGAAAUCAAGCCGGAUGGACUCAUCUACCUCCCUGAGAUCAAGUACAGGAGGAUCCUCAACAAGGCCUUUGGAGCAGGCGGGUGGGGGUUGGUCCCGCGAAGUGAAACUAUCGUCACAACAACACUCGUCACUAGAGAGUACGGGCUGGUGUGUUUGGGGCAACUAGUGUCCGUCGCCCGAGGGGAACAAGAUUACUUCCAAGAGGCAGGGAUCCCCACGGCCACGGAGGGGUGCAAGAGUAACGCUCUGAUGCGGUGCUGCAAGGAUCUCGGUGUAGCCUCCGAACUGUGGGACCCAGUGUUCAUCAAGAAGUUUAAAGAGACUCAGUGCACGGAGAAGUUCGUCGAACACGUAACUACAAAGAGGAAGAGGAAGAUCUGGCUGCGUAAGGACAGGAAAGUAGAGUACCCGUAUAAGUAA